AUUAAUCAAGUUUAGAAAAAAAGAAAAAUGUUGCAACUAUUGUAUGCUGUGAUAUUUGUAGAAAUGUUAAUGAUCAUGAGCUUUUUGUUCAAGACUCCGCUGAGGAAUCUUGUAAUCAUUACUUUGAAUAAAGUCAAGCGAGGUCGGGGACCGGUCAUCGUUAAAACCGUCGUUGGCACGGUGGUCACCAUGCUCGGUUCUGCACUAUACAAUAUCUUUAAGAUACAGCGUCGCUCCAUUGAAGGUUUUGCAACUGUUGACUCCACCGACCAAGUACUCUUGUCCAACCACGUACUUCAAGCUUCUCUUUUGGGGUUUGUUCUGUUCCUCUCUCUCAUGAUAGAUAGAUUGCAUCAUUACAUAAGAGAGCUUCGACUUCUCAGAAAUGCCGUAGAGACAGGGAAGAAACAAAAUCGAUGUUUUCAGAACAAUACAAACAUCAAAGCAAUGGAGCACACGUCCUUGAAGGAAGAAAUUGGUGCAUUGAGGUUCAAAAUUGAGAAACUAGAAUCUGAAUGUGAGGUAAAAGGAAGCAGGGUUAAGUCCUUGGAAAUUGAAGUGGAAGCUUUUAAGAAGCAAUCUGAAGGGUUCCUUAUGGAAUAUGAUGGUCUCUUGAUAGAUAAUCAGAAUCUUAGGAAAUUGCUGGAGUGUAUAGAAAAGAGAUCUUCCUAUGUUGAUGAUAAAAACAGUUUGUGAAAUUGGUAGAUUUUAGAUCUUAUUGUUUGGGUAGGGUACGUAGCUUGUUUCAUAAGAAAAAUAGGUUAUAGUUGUAGGUUAUUCUAAUGAAUCAAUAUUUCUAAAGCCAUUAUCGAUUGAAGGAUAUCACUCACCGCGUAUGAGUGUAUUUUCAUCCUUGAUUCAUUUAAA